UAUGGUUUGUUCAGGCAUUUCUUCACGGAUAUCUAUAGCUUGCUAAAGACAAGAGUGGCCGUAUAUUGCGUUAGUUCAGAUUAUCUCAUGAAUGCCAGACCCAGGCUGACAUUAUACAACAUUUUGCACUGACACAAGUAACAGAAGUCUGUACAGUCCUUGAAGAUUGUGUCCCACCUUUGGGUCUAUUUCAGCCAGAACAUCGUUUAAAAUCUGCAGCAGCUGCAUCGGUUCGAGGGAGUCAAACGUGAUGAGGUUAAAGUUUUUCUUGAACGGGUCCUUGUUAAGUUGUUCAACGAUGAAUUUCAGCUGCUCACUCAUUUUGAACGAAACGUGCUUGCUCUAACGUUCAGUUAAUGAGUCGUCUUCUUUGCUUGGUUUAGCCAGCUAACGUUAAGCUAACUAACAUUAGCUCCCCAAUCCAACCUGCAAAGAAACCUUUUAUAAAAACAACCAGCCCGACUUGCUGGUGACUGUGGCUAACAACUGUUUACAAAUGAUAAAGACACAUGCCCGGUAAAGUUGUUAGUUCGUCGUGUUAAUUCCUCAGUUUGCUAGUUAGCGUAGAGAAAAAUGCAGCAGCUGUUUAAGAGCCCCAUGGAAACCAUAUCAAACGCGAGUUGGUUGCUAACAGGAAGUAGCUUUGACAUUUUUAAGACCGUUGUGUUGCGCUAUAAGUGCGCAAAUUACCUCUGGCUCAGACAGGGAUGUACACACCUGUGAGUACAAAAUUGCUGAAAACUCAUAACGUUGGUCAUGGAAAAAAUAGUGCUUACUACAACAAACACCCCUGACCUGCCGUUGUGUGUAGUUAGAAUUAACUUGUUAUAACGCUAACUUUUAAUGACUGCUAGCUUACAUAUUAUUUCCCCGCAUCUAAAAAGUAUUUCCCCUGAAUUUAAAUAUCUUAAGGAUUAAAGCAUGUUCAAUACCUACCUGCUAAAAAUAAACUAAAAGUACUUACUGCUUGGUUGAUGGAUGCGAACUGCUCAUCCUCUUUAAUGUGAAGUGACAUUUAUGUAGCAUCGCGUCGCAUUUAAUGCAAAAAAAAUGAACAAUGGUAAAAACAGCUAUUCGCUUAUAAACUGCAGCAUUAACACGUCUAGGGCCAUUUAUCUGAACUGCGCACAAAUCAUGUAAGUUAGUGACCCGAGUUGAAAGGAGAUGUAUGAACUCAUCCCACUGUCAGUCUGAACUUUUGAACCGUCAGAUGGCGAUGUUUUCACAAGGAACGGCUUCAGGUUGAUUGCAACACAAUGAACUUUGGUAGGAUGGUUGGUAGUGUCCAGAGCAUAACGUUCACUGAAAGGACAAGUGUGCUUUGUCAGAAAGGCACAUAUCUGGAGACCUAAGGCUGGACAGGGGGACAUAGGCUAUUAGGGUCGUUGAUUUCUUAUCUUAAGGGGGGUAAAAAUCAAGGCUGAAUUUGAACAACCAACAAAGGAAAGACGGUUUGAAAGACGGGACCUCGUUUUUCUUCAUCCACCUAAACUAUAACGGCCACAAGACAACACUUUCCUGCACAAAGCCCUUCUCGCCACAACGUGGGACGUUUUCUGCCUUUAAAGGGUCGGUUUAUCUCCCUUAUCAGACCGUCUUCUAACUUUGCUGGCAGCGGUUUUCCUCGGGAAAUAUGUUCUGGUGAAUUUGACAGUUGUCGUAAUCAGCUUUACCUGGAAACUCCGUUUUCGAUUAGAAACUGCAUUUUGACAAAUCAUCCCUUUAAAAAAAAAAGGAUUUGGAGUAAAUCACAUCCAUGUAGCCCCUCCUCUUUCUGCUGCAACUGUAACGCUGACGGAGAGCCAAAACACGAAAGAGCUUCGAGUCAGUCUGACACCAAGGACAGAGGAUCUCCAGAGAAUAGACGAGCACAAGAAGGGAUCAAGUGCGAGAAUUAGGAUAAACUCGCAUUUCUUGGACUAUGUCAACAGGAGUAAAGAGACUCGACCAGUGAUCUUGCUUCUGUAGGAUUUUAUUCCUGUGUUUUUAAUAACAAUGGUUGAACCGGUUGGAUUUGUGGAGGCAUGGAGAGCCCAGUUCCCUGAGUCUGAUCCCCCUUGCAUGGAGAUGAAUUCAAUGGGGGACAUUGAACAGGAGCUGGACAAAUGCAAGGCAUCUAUCAGGCACUUGGAGAAGGAAGUAAACAAGGAGCGCUUCCGGAUGAUCUACCUGCAGACUCUGCUUGCAAAAGAGAGGAAGUCUUAUGAUGGCCAGCGAUGGGGAUUUAAAAGGACACCCCAGAUGAAUGCUGGAGACCUGUCCACUGGGCCAGACUGCCAGAAGUCCCAUGUUGAUGAGGCACCAGUGGAAGAGCAGCAAAAGAGAGUGCCUGGCAAGACAGCCAGGUGUAAACCACUUCCAGAAGGAGAGGUGGGUGGGGUGUCAUCCGUCCGCCAGGAGUCAGAGAUUCCUGAUUUUCCGCUGGGCACAGGCUCGGUAGCAGCUCUGAGAUCCAACUUUGAGCGCAUCAGGAGAGCCAACUCUCAUACAGCCGGAGAUGGCAGAGGGUUGUCAGUGAUGGGCGGCCAGGACAAACCUUUCUAUGUGAACAUGGAGUACCAUCACGAGCGAGGGCUGGUCAAAGUCAACGACAGGGAGGUGUCAGACAAGAUCAGCACCCUGGGCUCUCAGGCCAUGCAGAUGGAGCGUAAGAGAUCCCUGCACUCGCUCCCAGGGAACCUGUCUGCCGCCACGGGGGACAUCAGCCAUGCUGUUCAGAGAGGCAGAUCCACUGAGGGGAACUGCAGCUACAACGGGUCAUAUGAUGAUGCUGAGGUCAUCCCACACUUACUGAAAGACGGUGUGAUCCGUUCCACUGGGGGAAAGGCUGAGUGCCAGCCUUACACUAGUGUGUAUGUUGGAGGAAUGAUGGCUGACGGGGACACUCGAGUCAUCCACAUUAGGGACCACAGCCUAGAGGAGGAUGCACACCUCACCUGGCCGAGGCGCUCCUAUUCUCCCGGCAGCUUUGAUGACGUAGGAGGAGGGUACACACCAGACUGCAGCUCCAACGAGAACUUAACAUCCAGCGAGGAGGACUUCUCCUCGGGCCAGUCCAGCCACGUGUCUCCCAGCCCCACCGCCUAUCAGAUGUACAGGGAGAAAAGUCGCUCACCUUCCCAGCAUUCCCAGCAGUCCUUUGAGAGCAGCAGCCCACCCACACCCCUGUCUCAGAAACGUCUGAAGCAGCAGGUGAUGGUGUCUGAGGCCUCUGUCAUCGGGCUCCGUAAAACGGGCCAGAUCUGGCCCAGUGAUGGGGACUCCACCACGUCCAGCAGGACCUCUCAUGACAACAGUGUUCAAGGAGAUCUGG